AUGGGAGAUACCGAUUCCAAGAUCAAGAGUCAAAAGAUCUGGUUCCAAACCAUUAAUGGAGGAAACCCGUCCAAGAAGAACCUGAUGAAGAAUAUCGUGACCAAUGUUUCAAACGGGCGGCAGGAGUUGCCUGAAAAUUUAAAGAAUCGUAUCAAGGUUAUGGAUGGAACCGGAGUGGUUAUGGUAAUACAGAAAGCUCUUACAGCAACUGACAUAAAAAAAUGCCAAGCUCGGCUUUCCAUGCCUUUUGGACAGAUCAAUAUGGAUUUCUUGAGAGAGGGAGAGAGAGACUAUCUUCGUCGGCAAAAUGAGAUGGAAGUUCCAUUCAUUGAACCCUCUGAUGUGUUUAGUAAGAUUGUUUUGAGGCAGUGGGACAUGCGCAAAACUAGUGGGAAAACGAGCUCAAUGUACGUGCUGAGGAAGUGCUGGCAUGAUGUCACCUUAACGAAUGAUCUCCAGAAUGGUGAUGUGGUGCAGGUAUGGUCUUUCCGAGUUGGUAAUGAAGAACGUCUCUGCUUGGCUCUUGUUGUGGUUAAUAGAAAGAAAAACCAAGGGAGCUUGAAAAAUAGCCAGGCAAUAAGUCUGAUGUAGAAGAAGCAAGCACCAGCCCAAGAGGAGAAGGUGUAUAUGCAUGGAAUAAACUCCGGAUGGUCAGUCUUUCUUGUUUAUUAGAUAUUAUGUUUGGGCGGGUGCAGUCCUUGGUAGUUUUAGUUUAUUAGAUUGUAUGUUGAAUUCCAAUCCGUUAAUUUUUGUGU